CUGUACUACUACUACUAUCACCACAGCUCAGUCAAUGUCAGACCCAAACUUUAUCAGGCACGCCUUUAACAGACCAAAAUAAACAAACCAGUGGCUAGAGCCACUGCUGUGACAGGAAAGCUGUUCACAUAGGCUCGGACUGUUUUAAUGCUAAAACCCAGGCCUGUGUUAGACACUAACAUGGCUGGCGCUGGUCCAACACUUAAGGCACGAAGAGCACACGCUCAAGACUGCAAUCGCACGACUUCCUUCUUCUAAAACAGCGCGGGACUGAGCUGAGCUCUCCAGCACGCAGCUCUGAUCUGAUCGACUUAAGCUUGGUUCAGGUCUAAGCUCGGCCCUGCUGAUCACGGUAUAGGGUGUUCUGUCGAGUUGUGCUACCCAUCGAUAUGUGCUACAUUGAGGCUCUGCGCAUGCGCACACCAUUUUUUUAUCCAGCUCCAGCAUGUGCAAGCUGUGAUUCAGAAUCAUGUUUUAUAAUCUCUGUUUUUAUGUGGGAACUCCAUAAGAUCUCCCUCAGAUGUGAAAGGCUUACACUAAGAACUGAAAUCAGAGCAACAAAGCUGUCCUUCAUAACCCAGCAGUCUGCAGGCCUGUGUCAAGAUCUGCUGCUCUCACAGCUGUCCAGGCAGAACUCCCAGUCGUGUUUUUUCUUUGCUGUUCUUGAAUGACUGCACUAAAGGGAAUUAUCCUAAGUUAUACAAAGGACUAGAGUACAUUGGCUGCUGAAAGGGUCAAUAAGAAGAGUCUGCUGCCCAGUCCGCCCAGCCCCAUCUCAUCAAACAGCUGCACCUCCUUCCAGUUAUCCCAAAAUCUAUAUGUGCAGCCUACUAGUGGUCCCAUCCUUACAGUUUCCUUUUGUUAGCUUUGUGCACAGUGUCUUAUGUAUAAUAUAGGUGACUGCAUGUUCACGCUUUGUUUUUCUUUGUUUUGUCUGCAUGUGUCAUUGUGCUGUGUGUGCUGCAAUGACAAGGGAGGUGUGGAAGCGUGACUGUGCGUACAAAGGAAAGAAAUGGGGAGAGGGAGAGAGCAAGAGAGAGAGAAAGAGAGAGAGAAAGAGAGAGAGAGUGACGGAGCAGGCUACGCCUCCUCCCUUUACCCCCCUCCCUCCCUCCAUCCCUGGCUGCAGCGCCAGACAGCAUUGCACCGGCUGCUGCUGUAGGCUGAAUGGAGGCUCAGGCAGACUCCAGUGCUGCAGAGCCAAAUAGGGAGAGAGACCUUCAUAAACUUCUCAAGUCCUCCAGCUCUGCCAGUCUCACUACUGAGGCAUCCCACAAUGCUUCAGGAGAGCACGUUGGAACCCCUGGGCACCACUGCAGCCAGGUGCUGACAGCAGAGAGACGCCAGCCCCUGAGCAGUGUGUCCUCCCUGGAGGUACACUUUGAUCUCCUUGACCUGACAGAGCUCACAGACAUGUCUGAUCAGGAACUGGGAGAAGUGUUUGCUGAUUCAGAUGAAGAGAACCACAGUGAAUCCCCAGCAAAUCAUCAUCAGCCUCCAUUACCACGAUUUCCUCACAGUGGUUACGUCCGAUCGCCUUCCUGGACGCGAGGUGGCAAAGGAGAGCAGCAGUCACGAGACAGGAAACAUCACAGCGACUCAGAGAAUACAGAGCCUUUGCUGAAGAUAGAGCGCUCCCAAUCCCAGCAGCCCUGAGCCAUAAGCAGCUCAAUGGGCUCAGACAGGACAGAAGCUCUUGUCUGGGGGAUGCAGGUUCCUUCCCAAGGAAGAGACAGGGGAUCUCUGAAGGACACGGAGAACCCUACUGAAGAUAAAGUGAUUUUCUUGCCUUACUGGGGCAAACAGAGACCCUCAUAUGGUAGAAAGAAAAGUGAGCUCUACUAAAGAUGCAAAAUCCCUCCUCUAACCAGCAACCAAUUGGAGGUGAAUCAGCGAUGCAGUUCAUAUGGUCUUAUCAGCAUUACUUUGUGAAGAACUCCAAGCAUGAUCUCAUGAAGAAGCAUUGUGGCCCAUUCAGGGUCAGGGUAGGAGGAGACGUCAUGGCCUGAUGCAAAGCCUCAAAAAACACCACAGUCUGUUUUAACAAGAUAGGGAUUUUAUUCAACAGCCUGUGGGUAGCAUAUAUGAGCACACAGCACUGGACAGCAACAGUGUAGCAGUGGAAUUAAAAUUAAACCUACGUGAAUUAAUUCCAAACUGAAGUGUGUUCCACAAAAGUAGAACGUGAGCUGCCUACAGACACUGUAGGUCAAAAUUUGGAGUGAGCUGAAAAAAAGUCUUCAUUAGCAAUAUGACCUGGUGAAGUAAGUAUUAAAAAUAAUUAUUUUGCUUAUUUUCCAUCCAAGUAUUUCUCGAAAGCCCUCUGGGUAUGUGAUUGAUUUUCUGAAGAAUUUAAACCAGAAAAAGUGAGAAACUACAUGCCAUUCAUUUGUGUGAGAACCUUUAACUUGAGUAUUUAUACAACUGUAUGGUAAUAUUGACACAGUUACAGGUUAUAACAGGGUUUAAUUAUGUUUAGCAUGUUUAAAACAGGGUAUGACACACGAAACAAGAAGAAACUCAAAGUCAGAAUCAAAUCAACAUGAAAAAAAAAACAAUGACAAGGAAAUAAAGAACCUAAAAAAUG